CUUGCGUAUGCACCCAAAUAUAAUACGUGGACCCUCUGCAGGCCAUCCCAGGGACACUCAGCUGGCAUCCGCCCAAUUGCCAAGGCGUGCUUCUUCUGGCUCCGUUUCUUCAACAGCCCCCUUCGCAGCUCCACGCUCGUUCGCAACACCUCUUCUUCUUCUCGUCGCUCCCUGCAUCAUCGCCAAGUGUCCCGGGACGCUUCCAUUUGCCACCGACGACCCAUUGAUCGCUGCUCGCACUUCCAUUACCCUCACCAUGAGAUUACGACAGCCUGGUCCGCGGGCCCUGCUGCUUCUCCUGCCCGCUCUCCAUGUCUUCGCUGCGUCCAUCCCGCUCGACACCAAAGACGACAAGUCCCUGCGCGCUGCUGCCGCCGCCUACCCCGACGCCACUGCUCUCCCGGACUCGCUCGCGUCGUCCACCACGGCCAAAGGCACCAAAGAUGCGCCUGUUGAUGGCCUGGACGGAAAGCCCCACGCCGGGCCCUAUGUCGACGACACGCCCAAGUCUCACAGCAAGGCUCCGAAUGUCGUCGAGGAUCUAGGGACGGCCAAGAAGCCAAAGGCCUCGAGCACCAUCCUGGUGGACAAUGUGCUGGAUGGCGACAAGAGCGUCAUGCAGGAUCCCGAGCGCAAACUGGCCACGGGCAGCAAAGGCACCGAGGGCGGCAUCUCGGCAAAGGACAAGGAGCGCACGGCGCAUGAGGAAAAGACGGGCACAAAGAUGGAGCAGGUUCCCGAGUCGCCCAAGGAGGCGCCUCCUCACCCGCAAGACCAGAAGCAGUUGAGUGGCGGCGCCGUCGAGUCGGCAACUUCGACACGCAAACUCGGUGCCGGCGGACUCGAGAAACCCACCGACCUCCCUAAUACCCCCCACGACAUACCGCACCCCGUCCCCAACUCGAUUUCCAACAAGGAUCCCCUGGAUACAACUGCGUCGUCAUCCAAGAGACCCUCGCUGAUGGCCGGCGGAGAUGUCGACUCGGGCGUCGUACAACCCUUCCACUCCUGUGUCCUGGCCUUUACCAUGAUCAUCUUCUCGGAAAUCGGAGACAAGACAUUCCUCGUGGCUGCGCUCAUGGCUAUGCGACACCCGCGCCUGCUUGUCUUCUCCGCCGCCUUCUCGGCCCUGGUUGUCAUGACGGUGCUUUCUGCCGUCAUGGGCCACGCCGUCCCAGCGCUCCUCUCUGAGCGCUUUACGCAUUUUGCGGCCGCCGCGCUGUUUCUCGUCUUUGGCUUCAAGCUCAUCAAGGAAGGCCUCGCCAUGAGCCCAGACGAGGGUGUCGGUGAAGAGAUGCGCGAGGUGGAGCAGGAAUUGGAGGAGAAGGAGCAGCUUGCACGACACCAGGGCCGCCGCAAAGCCUCCAUGUCUCCCUAUGCUCUCGAGUCUGGCCGCGGUGCACGACGCUCACGAUCCAACUCGCGACUACCCGCACCUGCUCGAAGCCCUUCUAGCUCGCCUGACCGCAUGCCGUCGCCACGAGGCGGCUCCAUGUCCGGCACAAUGGGUGCGGUGAACAACCUCUUUUCUCUCCUUCUCAGCCCCGCGUGGGUCCAGACAUUCGUUAUGACGUUCCUUGGCGAGUGGGGUGACCGCAGCCAGAUUGCCACAGUCGCCAUGGCGGCUGGUUCAGACUAUUGGUGGGUCACUGCCGGCGCUGUAGUCGGACACGGUCUAUGUACUGCAGGUGCAGUCAUUGGCGGCCGUGCCAUCGCUGGUCGUAUUAGCAUGCGCAAUGUCACUCUUGGCGGCGCAAUUGCCUUCCUCAUUUUUGGUGUCAUCUAUCUCUUUGAAGCUUUCUACACCACGUAAACUCGAUGAUUUGUAGCAUUACAGGGCGCCUCUGGUUGGAGGAGAAUAUGAUCUGGGUCGGCUACCCGCGUCUUUCAUAUGUUUGCUCUUUACAGUAUUAUUAAUUGUACUUGCGGUUUGUGCCAUGACGGCUGGAAAAUGGUUCUGGGCUCUGGGUUGUAUAACAGAUGGGGUACAAUGAAUCCUGCAA